AUGACAGAGAUUACGGAAUACACCGAACAUAAAAUAGCUGUCAUUUUGUGGAAAUUAUUUCCGCCUAUGUGUCUUGGGGUUGGAACAUUUGGGAACAUUUUGACGAUUAUAAUACUGAUGCAACGCAGAAAUCGCCAAUCUUCAACGGCUAUUUAUCUUACGGCCCUGGCAGUGGCCGAUUUACUCGUGCUUUGGGCUGGUCUUUUAAGACAAUGGAUAAAAUAUACGUUCGAAACAGACCUCGUGAACCUAUCCGUAAUUUGGUGUAAAACGCAAGUAUUUUUGGUUUACAUCGGAUUCCAGUGCUCCUCCUGGUUUUUAGUAGCUGUCACCUCAGAGCGUUUUAUCGCUGUAUGGUUUCCGCACAAAGCUAGAUUUGUUUGCAACCCGAAAAACUCGUGCGUUAUCAUUGUUAUGAUCACCAGUUUUAUCGUGCUUUUAAAUACUCACUGGUACUAUGGAUUCAGCCUUAUCUCCCACUCCAAAAACAAUGGUACAGAUGACUUUUAUUGUGAAAACAUUGACGAUGACGAUUAUAACACUUUUUUAGUGAAAUGGGAUUGGGUUGAUUUAUGUUUAACAUCUUUGAUACCUAUGACUUUAUUUUUGUUUGCAAACUGUUCCAUUAUUUUCAUUAUGAUUAAAAGGAAAAAGUCGACACUGAACCGCAUUGCACCGCUUAAUGGAACAGCAAGCGCCCCGGGACGCAAAAUGUCACAAAUGACGGUAACGCUUGUUAUAGUCAACAUAGUAUUUAUCGUCUGCUCGACCCCAAUAAGUAUCCACAUUAUUAAACAACCAUACACGGCCGAAGUGACAAACCAAGAUACCGCUGUACUCGAACUGUGGUGGGCUGUGGUCAACUGCCUGGCUUAUCUUAACAAUACUCUCAAUUUUGUCCUCUAUUUUCUGAGUGGAUCAAGGUUCAGGGAGCAAGUCAGGGCUUUAUUCAGACGCGACAGUUCUACAACAGUAACGGAAAUGUCUUAA